CGGGACGGAUGGAGCUUCGGUUUUACUGAAUAAGACUUUAAAAAUGCUGAUAAAGUAACCUGACCGGAAAGUCAUUCAGAUGAAAUCUGCUGUUUUUAUACAACAACGCCAUUUUUCUUACCGGAUUCAACAACGUCCUGGCCAGAUAAACAGCGACAUUUUGUGUGUCGUUCGGAUGUAAUUAAUGAGCGCUGAGUGGAUUAAUGUCAUUAUUUUUGUCUAAGAGGAGGUAAAUACUGUUUAUUUCUCUGGACAUCUGGGAACCGACAAGGACACAAAAUACGGACUAAGUCAUGUUAAUCCUUUAAAAAAAUCCCCAGAUAUUCGCAUUUUGACGGUAUCGUGGCUGUAAAUGUUUAAGAUAGACUGUUCUGUAGCGAUGCUAGCUGUGUUACGUCACCGUCAGGCUAACAGAUAGCUCGUUCCUGCUGACGGUUCCUGCAGCUUUGGCAUCAUGUAGACUGACCUGGGACCAGCCAUUAGCGGACUGUGUUAGUAAUGCGAAGCUGAACUGCAGCCUCCGGAGAGCGGCAGCUCGUUCUGGAUCAGUGGAGUUCAGGACUCGGCGUCAUGUCUUACCGGCCCGUCGGAAGAGCCUGAAAGGAAGUGAAACAGCAGCAGCAGGAACUCUUGUGACAGCAUCAUCAGGACCAGCACCAUGGAACCUGUGGGAGACUUUGAGUACAGCAGGAAGGACCUGGUUGGACACGGAGCCUUCGCUGUGGUGUUCAAAGGAAGACACAGGAAGAAGACAGACUGGGAGGUGGCUAUCAAGAGCAUCAACAAGAAGAACCUGUCCAAGUCCCAGAUCCUUCUUGGCAAAGAAAUUAAAAUCCUCAAGGAACUACAGCAUGAAAACAUUGUGGCACUUUAUGACGUUCAGGAAACGCCAAACUCUGUUUUCCUGGUCAUGGAGUACUGUAACGGAGGUGACCUCGCUGACUAUCUGCAAGCUAAGGGGACCCUGAGAGAAGACACACUGAGGAUUUUUCUCCAGCAGAUGGCUGCUGCCAUGCGUGUCCUCAACAGCAAAGGAGUCAUUCACCGUGACCUCAAACCCCAGAACAUCCUGCUGUCUUACGUGGGCCGCAAGAAGUCCGGCAUUAGUGGGAUUCGCAUCAAAAUAGCUGACUUUGGCUUUGCACGCUACCUCCAGAGCAACAUGAUGGCAGCCACACUCUGCGGGUCGCCAAUGUACAUGGCCCCAGAGGUCAUUAUGUCCCAGAGCUACGAUGCCAAGGCAGACCUGUGGAGCAUAGGAACGGUCAUCUACCAGUGUCUGGUUGGCAAGCCACCGUUCCAGGCCAACAGUCCCCAAGACCUGAGGAUGUUCUACGAGAAGAACAAGAAUCUACAACCUGUAAUCCCACGGGAGACAUCGCCACAGCUCAGUGACCUUUUGCUUGGGCUGCUGCAGAGGAAUCAGAAGGACAGAAUAGACUUUGAUACGUUUUUCACUCAUCCCUUCCUGGAUUCGUCCGCUGUGAAAAAAUCCUGUCCGGUUCCAGUUCCCACCGCCUCCAAUCCUGUGACAGAACGUUCCUGUGGCAGCUCACCAUGUAUCCGCUACAGUUCUCCUCCUUCGCUGCCAGACAUGCAGAUGCUGACUGAAGAUGGGUUAUCAUCUCCACCGCUCGGCCCACCAAACUUCCUGCAGCUUUCCAAAGAGUCUACAGGAAGCACCAGCAGUAAGAACUCAUCCUGUGACACCGACGACUUCGUCCUGGUGCCUCACAUCUCUGCUGAGAGCUAUGACCAACCAGUGGCAGCAGGCCGCCGUCUGUCUAGCGAGUUCCUGAUGUGUGGAGGGCAGCCCCAGCCCCCACCAGGACAGACUCCCAUGGUGUCCCCCCGGGCCGAGACCACCCCGAUCCCCGUCCCGACGCAGGUUCGAAACUACCAGCGAAUGAAGCAGAACCUGUCCAGCAGUCCCACCGCCGCCGUGCUGUGCAGCUCUCCCAGGUCAGGCACAGUGAGGCGCUCCAACACCAGUCCUGUGGCAUUUCCUAAAAUGGGGUCAGGGUCUCCAUGUGCCGCAGACGUCCCUCAGCUGGUGUGCCGGCGCCUCUCCACAGGCAGCUCCCGGCCCUACUCCCCGUCUCCUCUGGUGGGAUCCAUCCCAGAGCAGCUGGGUCACUGCUGCUGUCACCUUCAGCAUCAGGAACCUCGCAGCCGCAGCUCGUCAGGAGGCUCCCCUGUUCCAUCCUCACAGCUCCUUGGGGCCCGGCUCCAGAGCGCCCCCAUCCUCACUGACGUUUACCAGAGCAGACAGAAGCUCCAGAAGCAGCUGUCCGAUCCCGUGCAGCCGUCCUCCUCUUGCAGUUACUCCCCUCAGCUGGGCCGACCGGCCAACUUUGGCUCCUCCCCCACCAAGUUGCUGGGCUCUUCCCCCCGUUCCUCCGACUGGCUGCAGAAGUCCCCUCUGCCCACCAUCAUUGGCUCUCCCACCAAAACCAUUUCAGUGCCCUUCAAAAUCCCCAAAACACAGGCGUCCUGCAACCUGAUGGCGCUGGCAGACAGCCCCGUGCCCACCAAGAUGCUCACAGAUACACGGGAUGUCUGCACCCACCACGGUAAUCCCUACCCCAGCGGGCGCCAGGCCCCACCUGAAUCCAGCAGGACCUUUGGCAGGUCUGUUAGCGCGGGCCGUCUGUCUGAGCAGCCAGUUAGAAUCACUCUGGGAGGACAGCCGUAUCAGGGCAGCACCGACAGUCUGAACGCAGAGCGGCCCAUGGACACCGCCCCAGCAGGUCCCAGUGGGCUGGUACAGGGAGGAUCAGGAAGUGCUCGUACCGUCAUUUUCACAGUGGGUUCGCCAUCCAACAGUAGCACGCCUUCCAUCUGCAGCCAUCUUGGUCCACGACCCCGCACCACCUCAGUGGGCUCCAACAGUUCAGCUGGAUCCCUGUGCUCCACCAGUGGUCGGGUCCACACUGGCUCUCCGCCCAGCAUGGUCAUGGGUUCCUCUCCUCCGGGAGGCUCUGGGGGAGGACACCUCGUCCCCGGGGUAGAUGGGCCGCCCGGCAGUCUGCGCUGCGUCCCCUACGGGACAUCCCCUCCCAGUCUGGAUGGAUUCAUCACCUUUGAGGCCCCUGAGCUGCCAGAGGAGACCCUGAUGGAGCGCGAGCACACAGACACCCUGAUGCACCUCCGGAUGAUGUUGUCCUUCACUGACUGUGUUCUGGAGAUGGCAGCAGUCCGAGCUGGGGGUCCAGAGAUCGGUCUUUCAUCUGCCUCCCUCUAUCCGCCUCAGGACAGUGUAGUUGUGGACCAGAUCAGCCAGCUCAGCAAAGAAUGGGGGCAGGUGGAGCAGCUGGUGCUGUACAUGAAGGCGGCUCAGCUGCAGGCGUCAUCCCUCCACAUGGCCAAAGCUCAGAUCAAAUCUGCCAAACUCAAUCCUUCCACUGCCGUCAAACAGGUGGUGAAAAGUCUGAACGAACGUUACAAAAGCUGCAUCGCUCUGUGCCGCCAGCUCACCGACAAACUCAACCAUUUCUUCUCCGACAAGCAACGAUUUGUCGACGAGAUCAACAGUGUCACCGCCGAGAAGCUCAUCUACAACCACGCCGUGGAGAUGGUUCAGUCAGCAGCUUUGGAUGAGAUGUUCAAACAGACUGAGGAUAUCGCGUACCGCUACAGCAAGGCCGCCAUGCUGCUGGAUGGACUGUCCAAGGUCCUCCAAGACCCGACGGAUGUGGAAAACGUCCUCAAGUAUAAGGCCAGUGUGGAGCGGCGCAUCUCUGCACUUUGUUACUGCACCGUCACGCUCUACGAGUAGGACAGACGCUCCACCUGGUCACAAACCGCUGCCACACCUCCCACCUGAACUCAAAAACCCACUGAUGCACAAAGUCACAACCAAAGACGAGAACAAAUCCAGAACCAGACUGAGACCAGAUUCUUUUUUCUUCUUAACAAAAUGCAUAAAAACCUGAUGGCUGUCAUUCAGGAUGUUUCCUUUCAGUACACCAUGUGACUUCAUCCCUCCAGGAUCAGUUCAUCUUUUUAUUGACUUCAUUUGUUUUUCUAUUUAUUGGUUGUCGAUUGUGGACUUUAGACUUUUCUGCCUGUCUUGAAAACCUUCAGUAUUAAAGUGGAGCAGUUAAGAAACAUGAUGGUUGCUGACUCGGCAAACCUCGUUUCCACCAGCACACAGUGAGGAACCGGACUACCUGCGUUACAGGGACAAUUUUACCCAUAAUCCACCAUUAUUUGGUAUGAUGUUAUACUUAUGUUCCCCAGAUGUUUCUGGUUUUUGUUUCCAGCUGUAAGACUAACACUGCAUUUGAUCUCACCAACGGUUUUCUUUAUGAUGUCACAGCAGUAGCAUCUCCAUUAGUUAUAGCUAAGCUAAGUGUUAGCAUGCUGCAAAUGUUAAAUGUGGAUUGGUGGGUGGACCUGUCAAUCAUGAGUUUGUCAGCAGGCUGUGUGGAUCCAGUCGUCACAACGAUAAAGUAUUUAUUAAACUCACACAUGCAGAGACAUCAUCAGUGUACACUAGCACAUUAUCAUCAGCGUACAUGAUCAUUAGGUUUAGUUAAAAGUGUACAUUAUCACAGUCUGAGUACUUCAUCACAUAAGACAUGCUCAACAUACAUUAUCACACUCAGACAUUAUCAGUGUACACUAGCACAU